AUGGUUAAGCCUAUUAGCAUAAGUUAUAAGAGCGAGAUAUUUUUAGCCCUAGCCCUAGCCCUAGCCCUAGCCCUAGCCCUAGCCCUAGCCCUAGCCCUAGCCCUAGCCCUAGCCCUAGCCCUAGCCCUAGCCCUAGCCCUAGCCCUAGCCCUAGCCCUAGCCCUAGCCCUAGCCCUAGCCCUAGCCCUAGCCCUAGCCCUAGCCCAAAGCCCUUGUCCAGAGCCCUAG